UCUAAACCACCAUCACCGACUCGUAAAAGUAAAUUUUGUGCCAUUUAUCAUCUGCUCACCAUGCAAACAACGGUGCUCCUAGCUCUACUCCUUGUGGCGCUCACUGCCGUCCAGGGAAGUCCACUAAAGAGUCGACUUCGCCCCAACACCCCGGAAAACAUCGCACGACUCCGCAACCCACAGCCCGGUGACCUCGCGGAGGAACUGAGUGGCCAGUUCGAGGGUGACAUUGUGCUAACCGAGGAGCAGGAAGAUGCGAUCGUGCGGGGUAAACGAAACGGACUGAUCAGCGCGGCAAAACGUUGGCCCAACAACGUCGUUCCGUACGAGAUCGUCGAGGAGCACUUUACUCCGGAGCAGGUAGCCUACAUCGAGCUGGGGCUUCGAACGCUGGAGCAGCGAUCGUGCCUCCGGUUCCGACGUCGUCAACCCGAUGACGGUGAAUCGUACGUGCGCGUGAUUGGUAACGAAGAUUCAGGCUGUUGGUCCUGGGUUGGUUAUAUGAGUAACGAGUUCCAGGAGUUGCAUCUGAAUCCGAGCGCACCGGAAUCGGGAUGCUUCCGGCUGGCCACGAUCAUGCACGAGUUCCUCCAUGCGCUUGGGUUCUACCACCAGCAGAGUGCUAGUGACCGGGACGAGUUUGUCGAUAUUUUGUUCGAGAACGUUCAGGAUGGUAUGCAGAACAACUUCUAUAUCUAUACGGCGGACGUAGUGACGGACUUUGGCGUGCGUUAUGACUACGGCAGUGUGAUGCACUACGGGCCGUAUUCGUUCAGCAAGAACGGACUGCCGACUAUUGUACCGAAGGAUCCCAAGGCAGAGAUUGGACAGCGCGUUGCUCUCAGUGAGAAGGACUUUUCGAAGCUCAAUCAUAUGUAUGGUUGUUUGAAAAAAGGUUAAAAACAAAUUUGCUUAUCAAUAAAUGUAUUACUGUGUCCUUUUAUUA